AUGACGGAAAUUGACCUGGGCAGAUAUCUUGGUCUCACAGAUAACCAUAGGGAUUCAACUAAAGGGUUUUCUUUAAUUCUCCUACAUUUAAUAGAAGACCUAAUGUAUACGCAUACACCCCCACGAGGAGCUAUUGCACGAUCGUUCCUAAACACGAUAAAAUUAUACAAAGACAAAGCAGAGCCAGGGAUAGAUUGUGAUAGCAAUUAUUCUGUUAAUCAAAUAAAGUCAACAUCGUUAACACGAGCUACUAUCGUCAAUUCGUCAAUCUUAGAAUACAAGGAGCAAACAUUUGCAAUUAAAACAGUUG